UAAUUUUGUCUCAAUCUAUGAUUAUCGAUUACUCGCGAAAUCAGCGAAAUGACAAAUUAAGAAGUUUAUUCCUUCGUGAAAAUAUUUGGCGCAAUGCCGUUCUUGAAACCACAGAGAAUCACGUGGUGCAAACGGCGAAUAGAAGCUUGCAAACGAAACGGCUGGAGACACGCUAUAUAUUUGCCCAAGGCGAAACAUAUCGCUAAAGCGCAUUACAAAGGUCAAUGGAAGAACGAUAAGAGAGAGGGUAAAGGCAUUGGAGUCACCAGCCACGGCUGGAUUUACGAAGGCGACUGGUAUAACGACCAGAGACACGGUUACGGCGUUCUCAGUAAAAUUACAGAAGACGGCGAUGUGCGCAAGGUAUACGCCGGCAACUGGGUAAAGGGAAAGAAGCAUGGGUUCGGAAGUAAUUGGUAUAAAGACGGCAGCUACUACGAAGGCACAUUUCGAGAGAACAAGCGGAAUGGUUACGGCCGAGUUUGGUACAAGUGCGGCAGCGGAUAUUACCAGGGCAUGUGGCUGAACGAUCGUUACCAUGGAGAAGGGAUACUCGUUCAAGAAAACGGUAAUCUUUACGAGGGUCAAUUUACAAAUGGCAAGAAGGAAGGUCGGGGUAUCUUCUACCAUUUAAAGAGACGUCAAGUACAGGAAGGUCGUUGGGAGAAUGACGUCUGCGUGAAUAGUAUGAUAGAAGACAUCGACUGCUGACACCAUAAUCACACUACAAGUUGCCAGUUACGAUUACCAGUUCUCUUUCUGCCAAUCACGUUGCAGGAUAUAACAAAAAUGAAUAACAGCUUCAAAAAGGCUUAA